UCUCGGGCGGCGGGAAGUGGCGGCGGGAGAAUGGAGGCGCAGGAGAGCGGCGGUGGCAGUGGCGAGUGCGGGGCCCAGGACACCGACCCGGCCCCCAGCAAGGCCCCCGGCAGCGCCGGCCAGCACGAGCUGCCGUGGGUUGAAAAAUAUAGACCAGUAAAGCUGAAUGAAAUUGUCGGGAAUGAAGACACUGUGAGCAGGCUGGAGGUCUUUGCAAGAGAAGGGAAUGUGCCCAAUAUCAUCAUUGCUGGCCCCCCAGGAACCGGCAAAACUACCAGCAUCCUGUGUUUGGCACGAGCCCUGCUGGGCCCGGCCUUCAAGGAUGCCGUUUUGGAGCUCAAUGCCUCAAAUGACAGGGGACACGGGUUCAAGCCCUGGUCCGGGAAGAUCCCACAUGCCGCGGAGCAACUAAGCCUGUACGCCACAACUACUGAGUCUGCGCUCUAGAGCCCGUGUGCCAGAACUACUGAGCCCGUGUGCCACAACUACUGAAGCCCACGCGCCUAGAGCCCGUGCUCUGCAACAAGAGAAGCCUGCACAAUGAGAAGCCUGCCUGCCGCAACGAAGAGUAGCCUCCAUUUGUCUCAACUAGAGAAAGCCCACGCGCAGUGAUGAAGACCCAACACAGCCAAAAAUAAAUAAAUAAAUAAAAUACAUUUAUUAAAAAAAAAUUUACCAUCUUAACCAUCUUUAAGCGUACAGUUCAGUGGCGUUGGGUACAUUCGCUUUAUUGUGCAACAGAUCUCCAGAACUGUUUUCUUCUUCCCAAAUGGAAACUCUACACCCAUUAAACAACAACUCCCCAUUCCCCUCCCCCAGCCCCUGGCACCCACCAUGUGACUUUCUGUCCCUAUGAAUUGACUAUUCUAGGAACCGCACACAAGUAGAAUCAUACAGCAUUUGUGCUUUUGUGACUGGCUUCUUUCACACAUAUUUCAGGUUCCUCCAUGUUGUAGCACGUGUCAGAAUGUCCUUCCUUUUUCAGGCUGAGUGGUAUAUACCACCAUGUUUUGUUUAUCCAUUCAGCUGACAACGGACACCUGCGUUGCUUUCAUCUUUUGAAUAUUAUGAACUGUGAAUAAUACUGCUAUGAGCAGGGGUGCACAAAUAUCUCUUUGAGACCCCGCUUUCAAUUCUUUCAGAUAUAGACUCAGAAAUGGAAUCACUGGAUUAUUUGGUAAUUCUAUGUUUCAAUUUUUGAGGGACCGCUGUACUGUUUUCCAUGGUGCCUGCACCAUUUUACAUUACCAUCGACAGCACACAAGGGCUCCCUUUUCUUCACAUCCUCACCAGCACUUGUUAUUUUCUGUUGUUGUUAGUAACCAUCCUAAUGGAGGUGGGCUGCUGGUUUACUUUUUUGUUUUAAAUUUCUUUUUGGCUGCGUUGGAUCUUCGUUGCUACACGCUGGCUUUCUCUAGUCACAUCGAGCGGAGGCUACUCUUCGUUGAGGUGCGUGGGCUUCUCACUGCGGUGGCUUCUCUUGUUGCGGAGCACGGGCUGUAGGCACGCGGGCUUCAGUAGUUGUGGCUCACGGGCUCUAGAGCGCCUGCUCAGUAGUUGUGGCGCACGGGUUUAGUUGCUCCGCGGCACGUGGGAUCUUCCCGGACCAGGGAUCGAAC